GGUUUCUAGAACAACUGGAAACUCAGUAUCACAGUGAAGUGCGUGUUGCAACUUGCGCAUCGUCUCUCGACGGCAAAUAACAGUGCAUCUUCAACUGCUAAUAACCUGUGGCGAUCGAGUCUAACGACAGCGCUUUAGUAGAUGUGAGAUAUUUCUGAUAUCAAUUUGGUCAGCUGCAAGGCACCCCUGAAGCCAGCCUGCCUGCCUGUGCUUUCCUCGGAGUGUCCCCACGGAACAUGUGAAUCUGAUUGGUGGAUCUAGGCUAUCCGCUUGACAACCGGAGGCUGGGGCAGCAGAAACUGGGCGGUGGGAAGAGAUGGCAACCGGAGAAAGGGAAACAACGACAAUUUGUUGCAGCCACAUUGUAACCGCUGAAACGCCGAAAGAACGCGACUCCCAGUUAGGCUUAAUCCGAAGAACACAUCCCAAAUUCAUGUAUUUGUAGGAACGAGCAGCCAGUCUAACAGUCAUGACAGCUGAGGAGACCAUCAACAUCAAGGAGGCGGAGAUUAUCAAAGUGAUCCUGGACUUCCUGAACUCCCGAAAGCUGCACAUCAGCAUGCUGGCCCUGGAGAAGGAGAGCGGAGUCAUCAACGGCCUCUACUCUGACGACAUGCUCUUUCUCAGGCAAUUGGUGCUGGAUGGCCAAUGGGAUGAGGUCUUGCAGUUCAUUCAGCCACUGGAGUGCAUGGACAAGUUUGAUAGGAAGAGAUUCCACUACAUCAUCCUGAAGCAGAAGUUCCUGGAGGCUCUCUGUGUGAACAAUGCCAUGUCUGCCGAGGAUGAGCCACAGCAUCUGGAGUUGACCAUGCAGGAGGCAGUGAAAUGCCUGCACACACUGGAGGAGUUCUGUCCAUCCAAGGAGGACUACAGCAAGCUGUGCCUGCUCCUGACACUGCCUCGCCUCACCAACCAUGCUGAGUUCAAGGACUGGAACCCGAGCACAGCGCGCGUGCGCUGCUUUGAGGAGGCCUGCACCAUGGUGGCCGAGUUCAUCCCGGCCGACCGCAAGCUGAGCGAGGCGGGCUUCCGAGCCGGCACCGACCGCCUCUUCCAGCUGCUCAUCAAGGGCGUGCUGUACGAGUGCUGCGUGGAGUUCUGCCAGAGCCGGGCCACGGGCGAGGAGGUGGCUGAGGGCGAGGCACUGCUGGGUGCAGACGUGCUCUGUGGCAAUGGCUGCGACGAACUGGACCUCAGCCUGCUGUCGUGGCUCGGCAACCUGCCGCCAAGCGCCUUCUGCCGUGCCUUCGAGCAGAAGCAGCUCAGCAUCCAUGUGGACCGGCUGGCGCGGCCGGCCAAGACGGUGCACACCGACCUGCUCACGCCGCUUGUCAGCCGCCUGUCGCCGUACCCGCCAUCGCCACUACGCCGGCCGCAGUCAGCCGACACCUAUAUGUCGCGCUCGCUCAACCCGGCUCUGGAUGGGCUCUCCUGCGGCCUGGCGGGCCAGGACAAGGUGGCGGUGGUGGGGGCAGGAGUGGGGACGUCACCAAUGUCGCGCUCCUUUGCCAGCUUCCAGUACCCCGGCGGGCCGGCCCUGAGCCGGAGCCUGAUGCUGGAGAGCACUGACUGCCACAGUAUCUUCGAGGAGUCCCCUGAGAGCUCCAGAACUGACACGCCUGUGGACAGGAUGCCGGGCUCUGACCGGCCUGCCUCAACUCCCGGGAGGGAGGCCCAACCCCCAGACUCUGCUGAGAAGAACGAGCUGCGGGACUCGACAGAUCAGUUCCAGGAGUACUACCGGCAGCGCAUGCGUGUGCAGCAGCACCUGGAGCAGAAGGAGCAGCAGCGGCAGCUGUACCAGCAGAUGCUCCUGGAAGGAGGGGUCAGCCAGCCGGAUGCGCCCCACGUCCAGCAGAACCUCACUGAGAAGUUCCUCAACAGGUCCAUCCAGAAGCUGGAGGAGCUGAACGUGGGGAUGGACAGCCUGGGGGAGGACGUACAGUCCCUGAGCCAGCAGUGCAAUGGAAGUGCAGACAGAGACAGCACCCUCACCCCUCAGCCCGGCCAGACGCACAAUGCCACCACCGUGGCCAGCAGCAGCCCCCAGAGGGGUGGGGCACAGGGCGUGCCUGUGCUGGACGAGUCCCCAGUCUACGCCCCCCAGAGCGCACAGAAGGACAGGACCACCCAGCCCAUCGCCACGGAGACAUCGCAAUUCAGGGGUCAGGAGGGUGAUAAGUCCAAGGCUCAUUUUGUGGCAGUCAGCACACUGGAGGACACCCAGGCUGUGCGUGCUGUGGCCUUCCACCCCACGGGGGCACUCUAUGCUGUGGGAUCCAAUUCGAAAACACUGCGCGUCUGCGCCUACCCUGACGUUCUCGACACAAGUGGGUCCAGUGCCUCCACACAGCCUGUGGUACGCUUCAAAAGGAACAAGCACCACAAGGGCUCCAUAUACUGUGUGGCCUGGAGCCACUGCGGCCAGCUCCUGGCCACUGGCUCCAAUGACAAGUACGUCAAAGUGCUGCCCUUCAACGCCGAGACCUGCAACGCCACAGGUCCUGACCUGGAGUUCAGCAUGCAUGACGGAACCGUCCGGGACCUGGCCUUCAUGGAGGGGCCUGAGAGUGGCGGGGCCAUCCUGAUCAGUGCCGGCUCCGGAGACUGCAACAUCUACACCACCGACUGUCAGAGGGGGCAGGGUCUGCACGCGCUCAGCGGACACACGGGGCACAUCCUGUCCCUGUACACGUGGGGCGGCUGGAUGAUUGCAUCGGGCUCCCAGGACAAGACGGUGCGCUUCUGGGACCUGCGAGUGCCCAGCUGUGUGAGGGUGGUGGGCACAGCCUUCCACGGAUCAGGGAGCCCGGUGGCCUCUGUGGCGGUGGACCCCAGUGCCCGCCUCCUGGCCACGGGGCAGGAGGACAGUGGUUGCAUGCUGUAUGACAUCAGAGGGGGCCGGAUAGUGCAGACGUACCGCCCCCACACCAGUGACGUGCGCUCCGUCCGCUUCUCCCCCGGUGCCCACUACCUGCUCACCGGAUCCUAUGACACAAAGGUCAUGGUCACCGAUCUGCAAGGGGACCUGACGAAGCAGCUGCCGCUGACGAUUGUGGGCAGCCAUGGGGACAAGGUGAUCCAGUGCAGGUGGCACACGCAGGACCUCUCCUUCCUGUCCUCCUCCGCCGACAAGACCGUCGUGCUCUGGACACACCAACAAUAGGCCUGGUUGCAGCUGAGAAGCGCAAGACAGAAUAGUCCCCGUCCACCCAAAACCCUGCCCUGCCCCUCCCCCCCUUCUAGAAGAACAAACAGGAUGAUCUCAGCUAGGUGGGGCAGGAAGCCAUGGGCCCCUUAUCUAUUCUGGAGCUGCAACGAGGCUGGUUCACCAAGUGCAGGGUCCAGUUUUGCUUUUCACUGGCCUUUUCACUGCACUGACCUGGUAGCCUGGCCCAGUCAGGCCCUGCCAGGCCCAGCCAAGCCCAUCCUGGCCCAACCUGAUCCAGUCCAGCCCAGUCCAGAAGUUGCAGAGGAAUGGAGAAUGAGGCACCCUGCCAUUGCUGACCACUGCAAGUAGGCAGAGAGUAACCAGUGAAUUGGAGUUGGACUUUGGAUGAAAUGCAGAAGCAUCACCUCACCUCCAUCUGGACAGACAUAUGCAAGCAGCUCUGGCAGCAGAUAAUGCAGAAGAAACUGGGCUGUACUGGGAUCAGGCAACCUGGUUUCAGCUUCACAGUGGUAAAAGGGUAAUGAGCGCACCUGUGAUCGUGUUUCUGUAGCUAAGUCCUGAUGGCAAUGUGUAGUAUUCCCUUGCUGUGCUUUCAGUCAUUUCUCGGGCACCGUCUUAUUGAGACUGUAUGUAAGAGCUCAUCUGUCCUUGUGUCACACUUGGGGAAAAAAAGACCUAGCUAUUCCUGUAAUGCUGAUGUCACAUUGCCGCAUUCCUAGAGCACAGAGAAAGGGUGAACACUGGGCGUGCUUACCAUUCACCCAAACUACUGAUCAUUCCAGCUCUCAUACCACACAAAGCCCUAAGGCCAAGGUGUCUGAUAAUGUCUGUGUUGGGGUGGCAAAACACAGCAUCACUGUAUGUUCAUCGUAUGUAUGGUGCCUUGACAAACCAGUUUCCAUAUAAAGCUUUAACAACAUUGGCCAUGUUUACAUGAACAUUAAUAACGAGAUUUUAAUGGAGAUAAGAUGAUACUCUCACUUAGGCAGAAGUGAAGUAAAUGCCUUACUUGCUUUUAAUGUGAUUAUACUCUUAAUCACAGUAAACUCAAUCAUGGUACAAUAUUUUCCAAUCUCAUUCACAUUACUGUAGGAUUCUUGGAGCAUGUAAAUACCUUAAUUGCACUUCUUGUUUUUUUAUUGAAAUAGCAUGUUGAGAGAAGAGGAGAAAGUACACUUUCUUUGUUAAUGACGUUACUGAUGCUAAUGUUAUAUAGCCAGUAAGUUGUCUAAGAAAAAAAAGUGAAUGGCAAAAGCCAACUUUUGGAGUGAACAAGAGAUGGAUUUCAUGCUACAUGAAGGACAUGAAUGUUAUAGACAUGAAGUAACAAUACAGCAUGGUUGUUAUGGCUAUAGCUACUUCACCUGAAUGAAAGUGGCAAGACAGGAUAGGAAAUAGUAGCUGCAGUAGUCUGCAGUAUUACUCUGGGGCAAAUGGCUCUGGCCCCUGCCAUUUCUACUCUUUAAUCAAAUUCUACUUUAUCUAUGUGUAAAGAGAGUAUUUGGAAAACACCCCUUUUGGAGAGAUAUGUAAACAGUUUAAUCCAGCUUAAUCACAGUAUGAACAAUAAUAUUAUUGUAUUCAUGUAAGUGUAGUCAGUAAAUUCACAUGCUGGGCUUAGUUACAGUUGUACAGGACAUCACAUAUUUCACCUUUUUAACAGCAGUUAUGCUACUAUUAUUUAGAGAUUUCUUCAAGUAAUUGAUGUUGUGGUGUAUCAGCUGUUGAACAUGGGCACAUGUAAGUGAUGUGAGUACCAUGAUCAGGACACCAUCAUCAAGAGUCUAGCGCUUUUCAUAGUGAUUGGGGGGGAGAUGUACCUGUAACAGUAAGAUUGCACAUCAAAACAUGCAGUCUGUGGUGAUCACUAAUGCCUGUCAUAGCCUUUGUACUACCACUGUCACUUCUCUCACCUCAUGUCCCUGUAAAAAUGUAUAAAGGAACAGUUACAUUUUCUAAAAUCAGUGUUUUGCCUCAAAAGGCAUGUUUGAGUUGGUAGCUUUGUUCACUGGCUUGCCUGCAAAUGGAAAGUGCAGUUUCCAGCACAUUUACAUUUGGUCAUUUAGCAAAUGCUCUUACCCAGAACAACUUGCAAAACUGCACAGCUGUGAUAACCUUUUCAAGGAGUAUCCUGUAACACUGCGACACCUUAGAAUAGGCUAACAACUAACAGGCUCAGCAAUGAAGGAGGUUUUUACUUUGCCUGUGCAAAAAGGAAGAUUUUUUUAUUUGCAUCCACCAGCUAAAUGUGUAGGGAAGCUCACAGAAUUCCAUCUUUGUAGGACAAAACAAAAUAACCACAUUUGUGAUGGAAUAUUAACAUUUGCUUCCCCAUGGAGCUGCUUUUGCUUUUAGAUCAUGAAGCACAAUCCCGGUCAAUACUACUCAAGAAACGCUGAUCUAACAGCUCUGAUUUGUUUUUCUCCUGUUUAGUCUCUUUUUGUUUAAAUUCAAGCCAAAAUAAACAUAGAUGUAUUUAUUUAACUUAUUUUGUAAUGUAGAUUAUGUCAGUAUUUUAUGCAAGAGCUGCCUG